AGAAAGUGAAGAAAUGGAAAUUUGUUGAUUACGGUGGUAUGUUAAAGGCGUUCUUAUUGAAGCCAUUGGAGACGCUAAUUGUGAUUCAAUCAUUACCAGCAGAGGCGUACAUUUACUUUUCAUUGUUUAUGGAGUCAAGUGUUCCUGACUUUUUUACAGUAAAUGACCUUUUCCCCCUGAAUCACCAACUCCCUCUAACAAAGAAUCACACUGUUAUUUUAUACAUGCAAUUUUGCAUAUCCACUUUAACUAUGGCCUCAAACUUUCCUUCUUCUUUGAUACAUGCAAGAAUCAAAAAUGUGCAAUACAUAUACAAUAAUACUAAAUUGCACUCACAAACAAACUUAUACACAUCGUUGCUCCUUAUAUCUUGGCAACCCACGACAAAAGUGCGUGAAAGCCUCCCCGACUAUUGCUCAUUACCUUGCGGACUGUCGAAAGUGUCGAGGCCAGGAUAAAGAUAAUUUUGUGGUGGUCUGGGUAGAAAAGAAAAUUGACGGUAGUGCAGUUGACGAAGAGGAAGGGAAUAGGAACUAUAUGUUGGGCAUAGGUGGGUUUGAUAUUGUGGCGAAUGGAGACAAGAGGGGUAGAGAAAAAGGUGUUAGAGUAUACCAGGACGGAAUGGAAGAGGCACGACGCGAGAAGAAUGGGGUGAGGAAUGUCUCUUCAAAUGUUUCUGCCACUGAUAUGGCCAGAUUCGACGCAGAACUCGAAGACGACAUGUAUAGCCAGGCCACUGAGAGCGCAAAAGACAUCAGUCCUGACACUCCCAGAACCAAAAGUCUUCCAUUAAAGGUUAAAUCCAAAAAGCCUAGUGUAUUUGGAAGUCUGCGGAAAAUGAUCGUCCGACCUAAAAGCGAGCAGGACACGACCGCAACAGGUGAGCAUAAACAUCCUACACAUGGUAAGGUAAAACAAGGGCUCGAUCGAUUAAAUACAACUGCAGGCGGUUUCCGAGGGAGCAAGAAGAGUGAAGGCUCAGAAGAACAUAAUUCUAUGUCUGGAUCGUCAGAUGAACGAAGGAUCGAUGAUGCCACAGGAUAUGAAUAUCUUACACCCAAAGAAUUUCUAGACCUUCAUUUCCAGGGUGUGGUUGCUGGUACUGGUAGUUCACAAGCAACAGUAUCAAACGCAACAUCGGCGCCUAUUGAUAUACCUCAAAGAAGUCGACCCAAAGCAUCACAGGGGUGGACUGCCCAGAGACAUGCUGCGGAAUAUAUGACUGAAAUUGGUGGGAGCCCCUUCACGGAUAAAUCUGCAAUUAUGGACUCCUUUACUGAUGGUUCUAAAAUUCCUGAUUUCAAAAAUAGUUACCAAGGAAUGACAUCAGAGCGACGGAGCAAUGAUACAAACUCGAACAAGCCGGGAAGAAUAAGCCAAGACACACAGUUCUCGCAAUCUGACGAAGAGCGAGCGGAUAUCAUUAGCUAUGCGAAAGAUGGUGAAACAAUCAAUAUAACGCCGCAAAAUAUCGACAGCGUACUUGCGGUUUGGAAAGGAAGUUUGGGUACGUCAUCUUCAUCGUCGCAUAUUCGUAUACCUUCUCGGCCUCAUGCUUUGGAUCAUCCGAUUCAUUCUCAUAGAAUUGAUGCAUUGCCGGUACCUUUUCGCUCUCAAGGAUUAAAUGUUGCAGAUCAUAGCACAAGUUUACCAAUUCAUCGCGGUGUUGAGGGGAUAGUUGCAAGAGCUCAGUGGGCGCAAGGAAAUGUUUCCGAGAAGGUUUUUUCUGUACCUUCUGCGGCUUUACAGCAUGCCAUUGAUUUUGUCGAGCCCAGGGAUUAUAGAGAUAUGCCGAAGAGGAAUAACACGACUAAAGAACCUACUCGAGGUUUUGCUAUACCUAAGAGGAGUCAUACAGGGGCCAUACCACAUCCUCGACACCCUCUAGCCAACGAAAUAACUCGAAGGAACACUGUCACUAAGAAUUGCCAGGCACAGAAAAAGAACGAAGUCGCGUCGCCAGAUAUUCCAGAGCCCGUACAAGAAACUAUGGCUGGUACUCGAUACUCUUCUUUACCCUCAUCACCCAGUAUUUCCCCAUCUGUGAGGAUCAAAGAUAAUGAACAAGAUCGGCAAUCACCUCGACUCUGGAACAGAAAAGGUAUUCCUACAUCAAAACCCGAAUCUCAUAGCAAUUUAUCACUGCAGGAUCGAGCAGGUCCGGCCAAUGAUAGAUCGUCUAUCGUGACAACUUUCUCACAAUUUAUACCUUCGCGUAAUGGCGAGCUUGAUGGAGAAAUCGACACGGAUAUUUCUUCUGCAAAAAUAUCCGCCAAGUUACCUCGGCGUCGAAUGGGCACUCCAAAUACGCAGAAUCGUAUGAGGGACGAUGCGAUCCCUAUCCCCGAAGUUCCAGUAAUUCCAGAAUCUUACGUAAAGCAUACGACUAUUCUUCCGAAAAUCAGUAGAGAUGCCACUGGCAGGUUUUCCGUGGAGAAUAUUGAAGGAGAAAAGUCUGGAGGUGCAGUAUCUAGUCUUAACCGGCGGGUGUCGGAAGGAGCGUCCGAAGAAGUGAAUAUAGAAGAAUCGGAAGAUAUUUACGCGAAUCAUACGAUUGGUACUUGGGAUGCGGUUUUACGGAAUGGUAUGGGUGAUGUGAGUCCGGUCAGUUCUGUGGAGGAUAUGAAUAGGGAUGUGAGCCCGGUUAGUUCUUUUGGUGAAAGAGGGCAUGGGAGGGGUUGGGAUGUACAUGAGGAUGAGGAUGAGGAUGGGGUUUGGGAUGCGUAUUGGGAUGGGGAUGUAUGUUUGAGUCCGGAUUCUUAUCAAGAUAAGUCGGGUUUGAGAUCACUACAUGCAUAUUCAUCAAGAACUUCACCUCUGCAUCUUCCUUCUACUUCUUCUCUCCCAUAUCAGGGAUCAAAUACGACUUAUAUGAACAUUCUGUCGGAAUCUACACACUCUCCUCAUUUAUCUCACACCUCGCGUGCACCUCACCCUCCUGUGCAUACACCAAAUAUUCAACUUCAAUAUCA